UGCUGCAGAGCGGGAGGAUCCCAGGCUAGGUGGGCGGCGGCGGUGGCGGCGGCAGCAGAAGGGGAAAGAAGGCCUGGCACGCGCGGCGACCUCGGCCCCCCGCGGCCCGGCGCUACCCCCGGCGCGCGGCCCCAUGCUGGACAUGAGCGAGACCCGUGCCCAGCCGCCUUGCAGCCCUUCCGGCACCGCUGGCUCCAUGUCGCACGUGGAAGACUCGGACUCGGACGCGCCGCCGUCGCCUGCUGGUUCCGAGGGCCCGGGCUGCGCGGCAGGCACCGGGGGCGGUGGGCACGGCGGCGUGGCGGAGGCUGCGGACGAGCGCUUUCCCGCCUGCAUCCGCGACGCAGUGUCGCAGGUGCUCAAGGGCUACGACUGGAGCCUGGUGCCGAUGCCCGUGCGUGGAGGCGGCGGCGGCGCGCUAAAGGCCAAGCCACACGUGAAGCGGCCCAUGAACGCCUUCAUGGUGUGGGCGCAGGCGGCGCGCCGUAAGCUGGCCGACCAGUACCCGCACCUGCACAACGCUGAGCUCAGCAAGACACUGGGCAAGCUGUGGCGCUUGCUGAGUGAGAGCGAGAAGCGCCCAUUUGUGGAGGAGGCUGAGCGGCUUCGUGUCCAGCACAAGAAGGACCAUCCAGACUACAAGUACCAGCCACGCCGGAGGAAGAGUGUGAAAACUGGUCAGAGUGACUCAGACUCAGGGGCUGAGCUGGGUCACCAUCCUAGCGGUACCAUGUAUAAGGCAGACACGGGCCUCAGCGACACACACCACCAUGGUGACCACACGGGCCAGACCCACGGGCCGCCCACCCCACCCACCACCCCAAAGACUGACCUGCACCACGCAGGCACCACUGGGGGCAAGCAGGAGCUGAAGCUGGAGGGGCGCCGCCUGGUGGAUAAUGGGCGCCAGAACAUUGACUUCAGCAACGUGGACAUCUCUGAGCUCAGCAGUGAGGUCAUCAGCGGCAUGGAUGCCUUCGACGUCCAUGAGUUCGACCAGUACCUACCCCUCAAUGGCCACUCGGCCAUGCCCACAGAGCCCAGCCAGGCCGCUGCCCCUGGCUCCUAUGGGGGUGCCUCCUACUCCCACUCUGGGGCAGCUGGUGUCGGGGCAUCCCCUGUGUGGGCCCACAAGGGAACCCCAUCAGCCUCAGCAUCACCCACUGAAGCAGGACCCCUGAGGCCGCAUAUCAAGACGGAGCAGCUGAGCCCCAGCCACUACAGUGACCAGUCACAUGGCUCACCCAGUCGCUCUGACUAUAGCUCCUACAGUACCCAGGCCAGUGUUACCUCAGCCACCCCCGCUGGGGCUGCCAGCUCUUUUGCCAGUGCACAGUGUGACUACACUGACCUGCAGGCCUCCAACUACUAUGGUCCCUACCCCGGGUACCCGCCUGGCCUCUACCAGUACCCCUACUUUCACUCCUCCCGUCGGCCCUAUGCCUCACCACUGCUCAAUGGUCUGUCUAUGCCGCCUGCCCACAGCCCCAGCAGCACCUGGGACCAGCCCGUGUACACCACCCUGACCCGGCCCUGAGGCACUGCACUCUGGGGGGUGUGGGGGCCAGUGUCAGCAGAAGAUGACCAGGUCUCCAGGGCCCCCCAGAAGGUGUGUACUAGCAAGGGGGAGGCAGCCAGUGUGGCCAUGUGUCAAGUGCCUGCUGAAGUCUGUGGGAAGCCAGGCUUUGUCACCGGAUGUCCCGUUGCCUCUAGAUCUCUACGCUUUCACCAAUGGACACUGUUGUUUCUUCUGUCUGGUGACUGGUGAUUCUAAAAUGAUCAGCCAUUCAGUCCUUCCCGGAGGCCAGCACCUCCAUUUUGCAUCUUAGUAGAUGAGAGUUGACAACCACAGCGCAGAGGACAAAGGAGGGAAGGGCCUGAGGUCCUCGGCUGACCAUGUUUUGAGGUGCUGGCUAACUCCAGUGCCAAGUACCCAAGGGACCAAGGGAUGGUGUUCCCGCAGCAACAGCAUGUCCAUGGACCUCAGGCUGCAUCCAGUCGGGCAUCUCUGGAACCAGCUGGGAGAUUGAGGUAUUCCUUGAACUCAGAGUUCUUCUCGGCAAGGUUUGGCUGUGACAAACACUUUUCUUUUGGUGUUUUUUUUUUUUUUAAUUUUUAUUUUUAAAACUUAAAUGUGUUUGUUUUAAAAGCAGUUAAAGAUGUAUUUAUGUUCUGUAUUAUUUUAUCUUUAAUUAAUGAAGUAAUUUGUGCAGAGUGUAGGAUUUAAGAGAGACAAAAGCCAGGGAAGCUUUGCUCGAGGGGCAGGAGGGGAAGUAGGGGUGAGUGCUCAGCUUUUCAUUGCUGGCCUUUGGGAGGGCUGGAAGGGGAAUGCUCUGCCCUUCAGUGUCUGAUGGGAAUAGACUGCCUGGCACCAGUGUCAGGUUGGGCCUGGAAGGCAGGACCCCAUUCCUAGCCACCUAUAUGCCAAGUGGUAGAAGACAGGAAUUUCCUGCAAGUGGUAGAGUCACCAUCAUCUUGGCUCUUGGGCACCAGGCGCCACCUACCAAGCUGUGAAACUAAACCUUCUCCACUAAAUGUCUUUAGGUUCUUAGUUUCAGAGAAUAAUACGUGACUUGCCUCCUGCUUCUGCUGUAUGCUAAGCAUAUAAUUGCCUACUUCAUGGAAACUUGUGCCUUUGAAACUUUGUAAAUUUAAAUACAUUUGAGAAGUUGCUUCUUUUUACUUUUUCUAUUUUUCCUACCUUUUUCUAGAGAAAAAAAUGUGUGUGUGUGGUUUUUUUUUGUUUUUUUUGCAUAUCUCUUUCUGGGGGUGGGGGUGGGAGCUGCAGCAAACUCAUUUUUAUGCAAUCUAUUUUUUGGUGUCCAGUUUGGGAAGACUAUUGCUGUCACUUGCCUGCUGCGUUUCGCUACUUUCUGAUCAAGCAAUGCGCUAACUUUUGUACAGAUCGAUUUGAUAAAAUUAAAAGAAAAUGCUUUUUAUCUACAA